AUGGCCAAGAAGAGCAGGCCGACGUCGUUCUUGCCGGACGACGUCGUCGGAGAGGUGCUGCUGCGCCUGCCGUCCAAGUCUCUCGCGAGGUUCCGCUCCGUCUGCCGCUCCUGGAAGCACCUCAUCUCCUCGCCCGCCUUCGUGGAGAGCCACCAAGCGCUGGCGGCGGCGAAGCGGCCCACCAAGUUCGCCUUCGCACCGACGGCGCCGCCGCACCGAUGGAGCCUGUCCGCCUGCUAUGACGAGCCCUGCUACGAGUGCCCGAGGGUCAUCGGCCACAAGCCCUGUCGCGGCCUCGUCCUCCUGGGCCAGCGGUGCACGCGCACCUACUCCGUGUGCAACCCUUCCACCGGCGGCCGCCUCCGCCUGCCGCCGUGCCUCGCGGGCUACCCCUACAUCAAGAGCAGCGCGGGGAUCGGCUUCCACGAGCCCACCGGCGAGUACAAGGUGGUCGUGAUCGCCCCAUCCACGGACUACCGGCCGAAGCGCUGCGAGGUGCUGACCGUCGGCGACCCCGCCGGCUGGAGGGCGCCGGCGGGCGGGAGCUCGAGCAUGCCCCGCACCUUGGACGUGGAUGUCAAACUGGACCCGGUGCUCGCGGACGGCUCCCUCCACUGGCAGCUCGGCUGCAGGAACUACUCGGAGCACCACGGCGCCGUCAUUGUCUUCUCGCUCGCCGGCGAGUGCUACCUCGACGAGAACAAACGGCUCCCCACCGCGAACCCCCGGAAGCCGGCCUACAUAAGAUGCACGACGCCGGUGGGCCCCGUCCUCGCGGAGCUUGGCGGGCGCCUCUGCAUGCUGCGCGACCUCCGCCACCGCCACGACGUGGACGGCACCUUGGAGGUGUGGAGGCUCGACGACUACGACUCCGGCGCGUGGUCCCUGAGCUACCGUGUCGACCUGGCCGAGCACGCCGCGAAGCGGCUGAUGACGACAUGGUUCGUAGCGCCGCUCUACUACCUCGCCGGCGACUGUGACUCCUCCGAUCGGAUCAUGCUCGCCACCACUAUGCAGGAGGUCCACGUGUAUGAUCCCAAGACCCGUACGCUUGAGACGGUGCUUUCUGUGGUCAAUGUUGGUGAAGCUGCGACAAGUCCAGAACGCGAGAAUGUUACUGAUGAAGUUCAGCAGGGAUCCCCAUUUUCCUUAUAUGAUGACCGUAGCGAGGAUUUGCCGAGUUCAAAAGAUUACCUAUGCUUCGUGAUGUUCCAAGAAAGCCUCGUCCAUCUGGAAGGGAUGGAAUACGGCAAUAGUGAGCUCGAAAUACUGGAUGCAUGUGUAAGUGACAAGUACAGUAUACAUGUAUGA